AUGCGGCUGGAGGAACUAAUUUUGAGGCUGCCGGAAUGCCCAGCUAGCGCAGGAGACUCAGUGAAGACAGUUACGAAGCACGAGGCCGGGGCCUUGAGUGUGAGUCCUACAGUCCAUGAGGCUGGUCCGGGCCACGCACCGACCACUGCCCCCGAGCGACCCCCGGCGCGGAGGAGAGGCCGGCCGGGCCUCGGCAGGCGCCCCGCCUGGAGCCCUCGGGGGCGCAAUGGGAAGCAGCGCGAGAGGCCGCGGCCGCCUUUCAACUUGGCGGCUGGCGCCGGCCUGGCCGAGCCCCCGGGGCCGUGCGGCCUCCCCGGCUCCGUCCCCGCCCCUCUCAACCGCUCACACCGCGGCCGGGCCGGGACACUCCCCCAGCCCUGCCGCGGGCCGUCCGGGGAAACACCUUAA